AUGACGUCGCGACGCACCUUUCAGUUCACCGCCAACGUUCUGCAGGCUACCUCGAUUUUUACGUGCCUGUUGGUAAUUUGUAGUGCAAGAGUGCUGGACAGAAGGAAAAUCCAUCCGGACUAUCAGUUCAUAGUGACGUUUAACGCCACCAUCGACCUAAUGUUUGCUUGUUUUUUGUGUGCGUUUUCGUUCGUAAGUUGCUUCAGGAGUUGGUUUGAUGUGCAGAGGUUCCUCUGUACGCAGGUUGCGAAGAAUCGACAUCAAGCGAUUUUUUCAGACACCAAUCCUAGUGGAUCAUGUACUGAUCAUCACGGUGGAACAACCCCUUUUCCAAAAUAUGUCCGGUAGAUCUACAGCUAUCGUCGUGCAGGCUAUGGUGUCCCUCGUCGAGGCGACAAUUCUCUGUGUUGCCGUCCAUUUUUACUACCGCUACAAAGUGGUUUGUAAAUCGCAAAGUUGGACGCAUCGCCGAUAUCUUACCACAUAUUUCGGGUGGUUCUCGUUGGUCGUACUGUAUUUUAUUUUGUCGCUGUCUGCCGUGGAGAAAAUGGAAGAUUACGUGGAAGUAUUGAAAGGUUUAGAGAACUAUCGAAAUAAUACUCCCGUGUUUUGUGUUUAUGACGUGGUAGGCAUACACCGCUGAUUGCACGCUUGUUUAGGACCAUACUCCCUCAGUUUUGAUGCUAAGUUUCUAUCAGCUGAUUCUCACAGUGUUCUACGCCUUCACCGGUUAUUGUGGCUUCAAGGUUGUCAGGAAAGUCAAGAAAUACGAUCCAACGGUCAAGAGUACUCUUAGAGCGCAGCGUUACAUGGUUGGAGUGUUGGCACUGCAAGUAAGCAGAUCAAUGGUCUGUUCACACGAGUUACUCCGAUUUAGGCUAUAUACCCGCUAUUUCUGCUAACUUUACCAGCCACACUCAUGGUUAUUCUGGCCUAUCUCCGCGUCACAGUCAUCCCGUAUUACUUUUUGAGUAUAAUGUUGCAAAGUCUACCAUUACUCAAUUCGAUCUCCAUUCUAACGCUUGUCCCGUCGUAUCGUCGUCUGAUCACGGGACAAAAGCAGAAACACGCCAGGCCGUUUAUGCAAUCAGAUGCGACGUUGUUUUCAAGACGGAUUGACUGGUCCAAAUACGAUACAAGUAGGGCUUGA